GAAAGUUGCAGUUGAAUUUUUUUUGAAAUUAGAAGUCUGAAAAUCAUGUUCUUGUCUUCAUCUUGUGUGCGCGUGGUGCGUUCUCCCGCUCGCAUUGCAGUUGCGUCCGAGCAAGCACAUGUAUUAGACAGACAAAGCGAGAUUCUGUGUCAGGACCAGGAGUCUUUUAGCUGAAUACUUGGCGCAGUAACAGAACUACUGCAUUUCGUCUCACCGGUAGAAGUUUGGGAAUACUGCAGGAGACGUGACGAUCUUGAUGUGGUGAGUUCAGCGUACUAUUUUCGAUUGCGAACUGGUUUGCGGGCACAAUGGAGGGAGGGGACAGGCGGCAAAAUCAUGGCCCAGUCCACCUCUUGGGAAGCAGAAACAAGCGAGGAUUGGUCUCAAGAGAGAGAAAGAGAAAGAGCCCGCAUGAUGUUUUUGCCAUUGUUAAUGCUACAACUACUGGACGACGAGGGCUUUUGAUGCCGAGGACCAAAGCAACUUUGCGGACGUCGUUCCUAAUUAUACUAAAGCUGCUCAUCGUGCCUCCAGAUGAAGUCUCGUCCUCGAGGAUGCAUAUACACGACCACGAUUAUGACUUGGAGAAGGAGCAACUCCGUGAUGUCGACAAGACUGCUGAGUAUGGAUGAUGUUUAUUCCAUCUGUAGGACCAAGACCAUCGAGGCUGCCCUUUUCCCCUCAAAAGUCUGUAGCUGAAGGGGGGCCUCGAUGUUGGUCUGGCUAGAUGGACACGACUUCCUCCAUAUUGAGGAUGAGAAGGAAAAGAAUGGCGAAUUGGUGAAUCAACAACAACAACAACAUAUAAAUGAUGAUGCCGAAGAUAGGAAGGAUUACGACUUUGCGAGUAAGCCUGACGGAGAUAACGAUGACAUCAAUGGCAAGGGUCGUCACGAACUGGUGAGAGAACUCGGAGGUGAUGCUAAAAACGAUGGCAAUGAGGAGCUAAAAAAUGUAGAUCUAGAUGCUUUGGUGGAAGUGGAUGAACUCGAUGAUGAAGAAGAAGUCCAUGCCCAUGGCCCUGAGGGCGGGAAGGGAGCUGAUGAACAAGAAAACUUCGUGGUGGAAGGCGGAAACUUUUCUCAAUUGGGCAUGGAUGGAGGACAAGGCUUUUCGAAUUUUGUAGUUAAGGGCUACCUAGCAGCACCUUACAUCCUCCAGUAACAUCUUCCUGGACCACCUUUUUUUCAAUUCGCAAAUACUUAGGUUAAAGAUCGAUGUUCCGAAGAAUGUAAUGCUGCAUCCUUUAUUAAAGCAGAUGAAAACAACCACAGCAUCAGCUCUUCUAGACGCAGCAUGGAGAUGGAUCAUCUUGACGAGAUGCUUUUGCAAAAAAGAAGCAUGAUACCCAUUCAUCCCAUACAAGAACAUCAUAGUAAUAUGAAUCGCUCUAGUACUCCCGAGCAGGACGAGGUCGAGGUGGUAGCACAGAAAAGCAUACCAACAUCGAGGACGUCUACUUCUUUAGUAGACAAAGAAACAAAAAUGAAGAUGAAGGCAAUCGCCAACCCAUGGCACACUGUAGGGCGUUGGAAUGGGACGUGCUUCAGCCAUUUCUACUGCGAGCACGGAAAAAAUUAAGGCGUUUCAGUUUUUUGCUCCCUCUCCGUUUGUUUCUGUUGGAGUUAGUUAUCUUUCACUUUCCCCAUUACUUAGGAAUAGAGUUAGGGUUUUUUGAAAAGAUCAUGAUGGUGAGCCAUUAGGAUGAUCAUGAUUUGGUUUCAUGAUAGUUGUACACGGUCUAAGAGAACCUGCAUUGCUUUUGGGAUCGAGCGAAGUGCUUGACACGCGGUGACUGCGAGUGGGCAAACGGCAGGUCGAACACCAAUUUUCAAGGCAAAUAUCAAGAGAGCACCCCCAUACGCAUACAGCAUGACCCUUGGCUCUGUUUCUCAAAGGGAAGAAAACGAGGCCAAGGACGGCCACAAGAAUGCGACUAGAGUCUAGUACUAUAAUCAUUAUUCUAUUAGGACGUGCCCAGAGAGCCGGCCCAUCUUCAAGGUUACUAGUAUCAUCUUCAUACUAGUUUGUUAGUAGUAGAAUAGCUCUAUCCUAUGCCUAUCGUAUCCUACUAGUGACGUCGAGGCAUCUUAUCCUUUCCUAUCCUAUCCUCUAAGAUCAUAUGUGUGACUUUCCGAUGAGCAGCGAUUUGUUGUAUUUGUGUGUGGACUGGUUCGUACGAAAAAUUUUCCAAGUCGAGUGCCCUGCGGGCAAGCACUAUGUAAGGCCAGCUAUAAACAGUGAAAAAAGGGCUAUCUGCUAAUUAGCUAAAAUUUCUAUACCCCACGAAUGGGUACACAACUACUACUAAACUGGAGGCACGACUAUCACAUUGAAAGGUCUCACAAAUAGACAACAUGGAGGUGGGCUGUAGAAGAGAUUCCAUGACAUGUUGACAUUGAGGCCUGAAGCAAUUCAUAUUUGUACACUUACUCUGACACGUUUUAAGAGGAAACGUGGCAAAUAUGAAAGAGAAAGGCGAAUAUGAAGAAUUGCUUCAGCCUUUCAGAUCCCACGCAGCCUACUGUGCUCUCUAAGUGGGUCGUCCCCUUGAUUUGAGAGGGAAACUAGUGACGGGGAAGGAGGGCAACUACUCACUCAAGCACUGAUAGUCGUGAAACGCUAAAUUAAGGCUUUCCGAAAUCCAUCUUGAGAAGCUGCAUCUUUGACACUUACCAGAACAGGUCGAAACCAUGGCUGCAGACAACUGUCUGAAAAGGAAGCUGUUUCAAUACGUGCCGAACAACUACGAGUGCGACGCCCUUAAGGCAGUCUGCACUGUAAUUUGUGCGAGAAGAUUUAUUGUAUCUAUUGUAUUGUAAUUGUACCUAAAAAUAAAAGAAAUUGUUCUUUCAAGGGGAAAAAUCAAUGUCAAAAAUGCGCUUCAUCUUCAAGAUGAAUCUUCUAGGGAACCUUCAAGGUCUAAGCAAAUUAUCCCGGAAACACAGAUGUUAACUGGCAGCGGAAAUUCUUAUGGAGGAUGUUUUUUCUCCCAUGAUGUAAGGUAACAGAGGACCAUCUUCUAGUUCUAGGCUGCAGCCCCUGUAAGUAUUUCCCCUCAAAACUAAGCCCUAAGCUCUUGUUGAUGUGGGGUCGCCGAUGCACAUAGAAGCAUGAUCCUGGCUCAAUCGAGAUCCUCUGAGCGAAUGAAUGAGUCAGAGCUUAUCUCUAGUACGCAAAAAAAAGAAAUACUAGGAACAGUACUAAUUAUAUCAGGAAUACACACAUGACUAUGACACGCUCGAUGGUCUCCCUAGAAUUAGAAGAUGGGAAAAGAAAAAACAACAUCCUCCAUAACCGUGUGACCCCGACGUACCAAAUGGCAAAGAUCAAAUAGCUCAGGCCGAAAGACGCCGCAGAGCAAAUGGCGGUCUUAAUAAAUGGUUGCCACUCUUAAGGCUGCUCAACAAUUUUUUUGUGCUCCUGGUCGAGGCAUAGGAUGUUGAAUGUUAAUACUAUUAAGUAGGUGUAGCCGGUGGAUCCUAACAUACUAUUAGAUACGGAUCCUAAGAUAAACGUGGCCACGACUCUAGUUCUUUUCAAUCAGACGGAUUCCAUUUUUUUGUUUCCUAGAUAAACGUGCUCCACCGGUACCAUUAAAUAGGUGUAGGUGGUGCAACUUUCUCCGCGAAGGCUCAUCUUGACAUCUUAUAAGCCUUGAUAGAUUCAUGGGUGGGCUUCUUGUUGAUGAACAGAUUCAACAACCCAGCAUUUCCGUCGACUAUGGCUCCUAGAUGUGAUUACAGUUAAUUUUGUAACGACUUUCCCGUGUGUCGAGCUCGGCUCUAACAUUGGAGUGCACUGCAGACCGGUUUAAAACUAUGUCAUAGUGAGACCACUUUUGAUGGAGAACUAAGGAAAGAGGAGUAGAGAAAGAAGCCGUACUUGCAAAACAGAGGUCAUCUAAUUAAACUGUCUACCAUACCCCACGAAUGGGUACACUACUACUACUACUAUGAAACCACUUUUGAUGGAGAACUACGAAUGAACAAUAAAGGAAACGAAGAUGAAAUGAGAUCAGGAGAUUUUUGAGAACAACGAAUGAAAAGGAAUGCUUGCCUUCUAAUUUGUUCUCAAAACUCAGCUUGAGUUCGAAGUAAGUAGAUGAAAUAAUUGAAAUUUACACACUACACCCGUAAAUACUGGGCACUAUAUCACAUCAUCAUCGUCAUUAAUGAAGUAGAUGAACUGGCGCCUCUACUUACUUCUAAGGGUUUUUUUUCGCCCGAGAAGGCCAAUUUUGCUCGAGAUUGAGUCCUUGUUGGUUUAGGUAUUAUAAUUACAUUCUCCAUUAUAGUUAGUGGCGUCAUUCAUUGAAGAGCAGUGCUGCGACUGGAACCAAUGUAACUGCCCUGGAGGAACUCCUUCAAGUCAAACCGAGUGCCCUCAUAAUAACGCGCUUUCCUGCAGCUCAUGUGAUUUAAGGCUGUACUAGCUGGGAGGUUCUUCCUGGAUACGGGUUCAUGAUGUAAUUUGAGGCUUAGCGGAAUUCGAUUGCUGCUUAUUAUCAAUUGUCUAUGGGGGUAUGGUCUAUCUACUAUGCUCGAAGUUGUAACUCCUGAGAGGCGUUGAUGUUGAGGAGAUUCAUUUUUUGAUAUCUCCUCCACACUUCUCAGUUACAACUUCGACCUCUCAGUCCACACUUCUCAGUUACAACUUCUCAGCUACAACUUCUCAGUUACAACUUCUCAGUUACAACUUUGCAGUUACAUCAUUAUUGGGAGGAAGUCGAAGUGAACUCAUAGGUACCGCGAAGGUUACUCAUUCUCAUGCAUACCGACUCAAAAACCCCAGCCCGUGCCGGACAUUACUUUUAAGGGUCCGUUUCCACAUUGCGCCCUGAACUACCAUUCUUGGCUUGUUUCCCAAGAGGAAGGAAGUCAGGUAGGAUGUUCUGAAAAAUGCAAUAGCGCAGCCACUAAUACUUAGACUACUAGUGACACGAAUGCACUCCAUGAUCUCAGCGUCAGCUCGCCAACAGCAGGGACCACCGUCGAAAUCUAAAUCAAGCGGGAUACUAUAAAGAAUUCAAGCAGCUAAGGCUUUACUCACUAAUCAUUAGUAAGGCAUUUUUGAGAUUGAGUGACGACUGCAUCCUUGAAGAAAGGUUCGUUGUUUGUAUGAGGGAGAAGUAUGAUGUUGAUCAUUAUUUCCCUUUCGUGAAGAGUUGUUGUAAUCGAGAAAAAGAAAAACGACUAUCAGAUGAAAGUAUUUUUACGUAAAGCUAAACUCCCCGGCUGGUCACCGGGAGCUCCGGGCGAGCUAAACACCGCGCAAAACGCCGAAAGACGACCAGCGCAACUCUCUCGCCGAGUGCGGAGGAGCAACGAGAAGACAAAGCGCAACGCGCAUACCCCUCGAGAGAUGGCCGGCGCAAUUCCUCUGCGAAGGCGCGCGCCUGGCUUGCUGCGCAAGCUCUUACCUGCGCCGUGCGUGUCUGGUGGGGUGUGUCUUUGCUUUUUCGUUUCCGCCUGCUCUGGUUGUGUGUGCGUAGGGUAGUCCCCGCCCCUGCAGGGUGUCGAGCUGUACCACCGCCCUGGUGGCGGGUGCUUCUGUGUGCGGUUUGGCUAAACUAAAUUCGCGCGCGUGGCUAUUAUCUGGCGAAGGCUUUCGGCGGUGGUUCUGGGCUGUCUGCUCGGCGCUGUUCUUGGUGCCUUCCCCCAGUGGCUGCAGAAUGCGCGCAGGCAUAGCGAAUGCCAUUCGUCACCGAGAACUCUUGAAGAAUCCGCAAAGGAUAGAGCUCGUGGGCUCUCUCUUCUCUUGGAGCUAAUUCUUUAAAAAAACAACGAUGUUGGCGCAGCUUCCGUCACUUGUUCUUAGAGUUAGCCACCGCACUGCCUGACCUUCGCCCGCCGGAUUUUCCCCCCCGCGCACCGCGAGCGCAGGCGGCGCCCCGUCCCCCUUUCGUUGGGUCUUUUCGCGAUUGGUCGCGUGUGCUGUUCGGUGCUGGCUUCACCACGGACACCAGCGAGGCCAGCUCUUUGGCUUGUUUACGCUGCUCCGCGUGAGUGGGUGGCUGAACACUUCUGCGCCACAACCUUGGCGCGCGUGUCUGCAUGCAGUGGCCUUUUGGCUUCGUUCCUCGACGGGCUCGGGGCUGGGCGUGUUUUCUUCGUCUGUUUCUGAUUGUCGCGCGCAGGUGCGCCCACGGGGUGGGAGUCGCCGCAUCUGCGUUGCUGCUUUCUCCUUUUGUUUUAGAACUCAGUGCCAGAGUGAGCAUUGAGUAAGGCCCCUCGGGAGGGAGUUCGGACCACCACGCCGCAACCAGUCCAGACUUGUGCUCUUCGACUGUGCACCAGGACAGUCACAGGGCGCGAGAGAGCUGCUGUUAGCGUGGCCGUUCUCUUUCCAAACUGCUGAGCUUUGGCUCUCGCGCGCCUUGGAGGUGCUUGAGACCUUGAGGCAGUCUGUUAGGCUGGUCUCCCCUUUCAUGCGCUAGAGUGCGCGGGGUACUGUAGUGCACAGCCCUCCCAACCCCGGGCCAACCGAACCUCCCCCCUGGAUAAUAAUAUAUAAGAAGUAAAGCUAAACUCUUCAAGUUAGUAGAAGUAAAAAAAUAAGCCAAGGGUCUUUAUGAGAUGGUGAGGAGCCAAACUCUUCAAGUUGGAUGCAGCUCGUUAAGAGAUGAUGAGAUGAGGCGUCAGCUCUAAGAUGGUGUAAGCAGUGCGAGAGGUGUAUAUGUCCAAAUGGCACCCCAAAGACGGGCAGCUCGUGCACAUGCAAUGGCGCAGUUAGGGUUUAGUCUUACAAUACCGGACAACAUAUGACAUCUUAUUGAUAACCCACUCACCUAUAGAUCCUUUAAACUUGUUGUUGUUUACUCUGAAGAAUAAGGUUUUAAUAGCCUUCACUUUGAGUCGUGAUCGACAUGUUUUUUACUUUCAGAUGACCAUGUCCCUACGGGUGCUACGAGCAGCAUCAUCAGAGAUACACACAUGGCCUUGCUCUCGUCCAUCCUACAACGAUUUUGUGGAUCUUCUUCUCUCGCUUCUAGGGAGGAUUCUGUAGUCCUCGAUCAAGAAGAUGGCCUUAUUUAUAUCAGUAUUUAUAGUAUAAAAAGCAAGUCUAUUCUUGAAACCCUUAAUAGGCUCCCUUAAGGCGCUUCCUUAAGGAAAUGGAAUUCCUUAAGGAAUUCCUAUCAUAAAAAGUUAUAAUAGGUAUCCCUUGAGGACCAAAGAUGCUCCUUAAGGCUUGUAAUAGACCUAGGCUAGUAAUAUGCCCCUCCUUAAGGGCCAGGUUCCUAGCUUAGUCGCCACCAGCUUGCUAGCUUAGUCGUCACCAGCUUGCUAGCUUAGUCGCCACCAGCUUGCUAGCUUGGCCAUCGCCAGCUUGCUAGCUCUGUCUCAGCCGCCGCCAGCUUGCUAGCUUAACCGUGGCCAGCUUGCUAGCUUAGUCAUAGCCGCGCCAGUCUGCUAGCUUAGCCAUAGUCCUCAGCCUGCUAGCUUAGCCAUAUCGGUAGCCAGCUUGCUCGCCUAGCCGCAGCGACUGCCAGCCUCUUAGCUUAGCCAGGGCCAGCGCGCUGGCUCAUUCGCAGCCAGCUUGUCCCCGUUUUUUUGCUGGAUUCUCGUGGAGGUCACGAGGACUCUUGUGAAAUUGCGCGACCUACCCGGCAUUCUUAGAAAAAAGCCAGAAUAGACAGAUAGCAGCCGCGCAAUUUAUAAUAUAACGCCGUCGAAACUAUAAUUAACAAGGCUGCGCGCGUCGCUAGCUUGUCGACAUAGCGAUGUUCUACUCCGUUUCUUUGUCUUAUCUGUCUAGGUAGUUGCUAACCCAUGCCCAGUGCAGCGGGCCCUUGAUGGGCCCGCUUUCUGGGCAUGUGCUUAUAGUAUAAGGAUGGGCAUGGCUUCCAGUAUGUGGACUACCUAGCAUAUCUAAUGAAAUGGCCACCGGUGCUUCAGGCGCUGGGCUGAGGCGGAAGUAGCCCAUCUAAAUCUAAAUCUAAUGGCUCUUCUAUCACUUGUACUACCAUGAUCUUCAGGGGGUGACUGCAAAUAAGGAUGGACAUGGGUAGUUGCAGUGAAAUCUCUCUAACAUGCGAGAGCAUGUCCUCUGUGAAACCUGCAAAGAGGGCUUUUACCUAAGGAAGUCCGACCAAAGUUGCCAACAAUGUAUCUGCAAUUGUGCCAGUAGCUCCUAUGGUGCCACUCAACAUUGAGAACAAAUAAGUUGUACGUUGGAAUGUCAAUGUCUUUCAAGGCUCUUCUUGAUCUUGACCAUUUGGUUCAAGAACAAGAGGGUUAUUAGUCUCUCUUCGUUGAUGUAUUUUGAGGUAGAUCCGAAGGUAGGGAAGGUAAAGCAAGGUACAAGGGUUGUACUGAUAUUUGGGUUCAAGGCAGAGAAGAGGCCGACAUAUUCGAUAAACUGAAAUAUGCAAGUAUAAGUAACAGAUGGGACCACGAAUAACCGAGAUACUGAAGGAAGAGCAGCCUUUAAAAAAAGCUACCUCUCCUAUUGCAUUCACAAACUCGGUUAUUUCGGUUGGUUUUUGGAUUAGGCAUUUCCAUAGACGAAACAGUGAGUCUCAAUCAGUGGCAUUAGUCAUAGUAUCGGAGCAUCGAUCGGAACAGCACAAACCGGGAGCGACUGUACUUGCGACGAAGAGACUAAGAGUCAAACCUGGUGCACGUCCUGCAAGAAAAAUGUCGCAAGCCGGAAUUACUUUAUGAGUAUCCAGUCUGUGUCAAUGGUAUACUUACUGUAGUGGAUGUACCUCCUAGAAAUAGACUGCCACUCUACUUUAAAUGUUGACAACAUGAUAUUCAUGCAUGACCAUGAGCAUAUACUAGAACAUGUUCAGCAAGCACUGGCACUGGGUUCUCCACUUCAAAGCUUUAGCACUGAUAUACUAGAACAUAUUCAAGCACUGAGUUCUCCGCUUCACAGCUUUGGGACUAUUUACUUAUAUUGCGCAUGGUCCUUCAGAAGAAGGAACAUGAUCAUUGAUUCAGGUCCUGUAUCGUAACGCAACUAUAAUGAGAGAGUUGUAGUAGUUCCUCUUGUUUAUUCCCUCAUCCUAGAUCACAGAUCUUUUGUGAGAGCGAAUGAAUGAGUGAAUGAAUGAAAGCAUUUGCUUGCUCUUUCAUAAAUUGCCUCAAAGGCAAGGACUGCGAGUUCUGCAAGUGCGCGUGUAGGAAUGGCACUCCAGAUGCGGCUGGCUUGUGCAGUGUCAAUCAAGAGCACAGUUAAGCGGUAGUAACAGUAAUUCCCAAGGAAGAGGAUAACCUUGUUUCCAAGUUCGGGAGAUUCAGUGCUGCACCUAAAAAGUACUUCGCUGUGACUUGAGUAGUUUCUUAUUCUUGGCCGCGUCAGAGAAGCGAGGCGGUAAUGAAGCAUCUACUUCGUAGUUUGGCCGCUCCCCUGCCCUCUUUUCAUGUCUCCUAAAGAGGUGCCCUCUUUUCGUGGUUCCUAUAGUGGGUUCUUUACAGAGAGAGAGAAGUGGAAGAAUUCAUGUCGACAGGAAAAAUUCAUUUCGACAAGGCCCAACUGUAGAAUUAGAAUGUGAGAAGAAGAGUCAAUUUAUAUUAGAAGAAUAUAUUCAUUCAUCCGCAAAGAUACAAAAAAGUUUUCUAUCUCCUAGGAAGAAUAAGUUUCUUGAAUUCUAAGGCCAAUGAGAUCAUUUGAUACCUAAGCCUUUGAUACCUAUAGUCUAGGGGCUGGUAUGCUAACUAGUGGUAGACUCAGUGAUGAUAAGCCUAGUACACGUACUACCCUCCAAGCUCUUGCUCUUCUAAAGGUCGUGCGCUUCCUGCGAUCAUGGCUUUUACCUGAAGAACAGCGACAGGCCGGAGUGUAAGGCUUGCAAUGUACUACAGUGCUCCAACGGAAACAAAGCCACAACGUGUACCGAAGCAAGUAUUACGGCCCCCCCUUUUUGUAGAAGAAGUGCAUGAUCUUUGCAGAAAGGCUGUGACUUUUUUCUUUUUCCUAGAAAGAUAUCCAGAAGACACCCGACGUUGAUCUAACAACUCUAGGUUGAGUAUCCUGCUCUAGUCAGUAUAACCUUGCAAAAGUCAUUUGUAAUCACAAGAAUUGGAUGAAGCUGAGAGACCAGGACUACCAGGGUGAAGAAAUAAAAGGUGGAGCAGGGCAAGGAGCUAGCUCAGUCAUGGUCCAAUACAUGGAUUUUAUUAUUGGGAAACAAGACACCAUUGAAGACGCCCCUCUGGUACUGAUGUAUCACAAAAAUCAACCUCUUGCUUCUAAGAUUUACGAUAAAGUCAACUGCGAGUCGUGCAAGAAAGCGACUGAUAAUAACUACUGCUUAAACUCGCUCACUGGACCUGGAGACCGAAAAAGCUGUAACAAAUGCCAGUGCACUUGUGAUUAAGACGCUCACUUGUGAUCAAGAUUUUUACUUGUGAUUGAGACUCUCACUUCUGAUUAUUUAGGACUUGUAGGGAAUCGAAGUUGUUUUUGGCUCUUUAGCAGCCACAGGGACAGGCGUCUGCCACUGCCUACGCAUAAUUGGUAGACCCCAACCAAACCUAACCUAACUUGUACCUUAUGUUCCUUCUUUACAAUUCGUGACUGGGACUCCAUCCUCACAGUUCAUGACUGGGACUCCUUCUUUACACUUUGAGAAGCUUCAACAGAAGAGGAAUGGGCUCAUCACUUCUAAUUGGAUCAUGGAACUGCCUAUGCAGCCGGAGUUUGCGCGACAGAUGGUCAAAUGUGUCAAAGUUGCGACGCUGGGUGGUAUCUCGACGUCGAUGACGAUCAUAAAUGCAAGCAGUGCGAGUGUACCUGUGACGGUGGUACUCCAAAGGCAAGCGCGGCAUGCACGUGUCAAAAAAGCACGAGGUCUACAGUCAAUUGCGACUCGUGCAACAAGCCUGGACCGGGUAGCGGAGAAAAUUACUGUUCGCAUCCCGUUUAUGAAACUUUUCUGCCCAAUAGAUGUGUCCACGAGCUAGCUGUCCAUUUCUCUGAGUACUUAAGUAUGAGUAGGUACAACAAGAGAAUAAUGAACAUGACCACUAUGAGUUGUAAGUACAAGAUGAACUUCUACAGCAUCGCUUUCUACUAGAAGAUCGGCUCGUCCGUUCCUCCUAGGACUUAUAUGAGGAACUUCUACAAGAACAUGUAAUUUUAAUUUACAGCGUAAUUCAUAUCAUCGCAGCAGCGAAACAUUCGUUACGAUGUGAGAAGUGUGUUUGCGCGUGUGAGAAUGGGAAGGCAAAGGCAAAUGGCUGGUGCAUCCAAGAUCAACACAACAACUGCGCUACUUGUCGUUAUGGAAAUGAAAGCCUAUACCUAGGAAGAAUAUAAUUUCCAUUCCACUAAAGGUCGCUUCAUCUAUGAGAACUCAACAUCAUGGAUGUGUUUGAGUUUGAGUACGGUGAUGAUCGUGGUUUUCAUUUAUCUUGAUUUUCCUCCACUAGGGUUAGAUUAUUUUGAUGUAAUACCCGCUAGCACAUCAUUAGAAAUCUUGGCACCUCAGUCGUUGUCCCUCUCUCUUUCCUUUUAUCUCUCUUUCCUUUUAUCUCUCUUUCCUUUUAUUUGAAAGUACGUUGACCGAAAUAGAGGAUUAACAUGUUGACUGACAAUAUUCAUUGCAUACGUGCUGGCUCUAGUUGCAAGGACGGGGAGAGUAACUCGGGUAGAAGCGCUUUUCGUCAUAUUCGCUCCUCUUCUAAUGCAAGGAGGGGUACCACAUCGAACCUCCACAGAACAACGUGUACCAUUCAUGCGUCUUAA